GAGGAACUUCAGCAGUUCUUAAUGCACAAUACAGCAGUCUCCUUCUGAGAGUCAGGACUAGAGAGAGAAUUUGCUGAAGAGAAGGAAAAACAAACAAACAAACAAACAAACCAAACCAGCCCAAAAAAAAAAACUGUGCGUGAAGGGGGAGGAAAAGCAGGGCCUUUUAAAAAGGGAAUCACAACAACUUUUGCUGCCAGGAUGCCUUUGCUUUGGAAGAGAGGAUUUUUGUUGGUGCUUUGCUGGAUUAUAGUGAGGAGUUCCCCAACCCCAGGAUCCGAGGGGCACAGUUCAGUCACUGACUGUCCAUCAUGUGCCCUCACCACGCUCUCAAAGGAUGUGCCCAGCUCACAGCCUGAGAUGGUGGAAGCAGUAAAGAAGCACAUACUGAACAUGUUGCACUUGAGGGACAGACCUAAUAUCACCCAGCCUGUGCCCAAGGCAGCACUUUUAAAUGCCAUCAAGAAACUCCAUGUGGGAAAGGUGGGAGAGGAUGGUUAUGUGGAAAUAGAGGAUGAUGUUGGAAGAAGAGCUGAAAUGAAUGAAGUUGUGGAGCAAACCUCAGAAAUCAUCACUUUUGCAGAAUCAGGCACAGCCAAGAAAAUGUUGCACUUUGAGAUUUCGAAGGAAGGUAGUGAAUUAUCGGUGGUGGAACAUGCUGAAGUGUGGCUCUUCCUGAAGGUCUCCAAGGCCAACCGGAGCAGGACAAAAGUCACCAUCCGUCUGUUUCAACAGCAGCGGCAGCCGAAAGGCAACUCUGAAGGAGCAGAAGAUACGGACGAUGGGGGGCUGAAAGGUGAAAGGAGUGAGACUUUGAUUUCAGAAAAGGCAGUGGACACUCGUAAGAGCACUUGGCACAUCUUUCCUGUCUCUAGCAGCGUCCAGAGACUCUUGGACCAAGGCAAGAGCUCUUUGGAUGUGCGGAUUGCUUGUGACCUGUGCCAAGAGACUGGAGCCAGCUUGGUGCUACUGGGAAAGAAGAAGAAGAAAGAAGAUGAUGCGGAAGGGAAAGAAAAGGAAGCUGGAGAAUUCACAGGAGAAGAGGAGAAGGAGCAAUCCCAUCGGCCCUUCCUGAUGAUGCUUGCCCGGCACUCAGAAGACCGCCAGCACAGGCGGCGGAGACGAGGCCUGGAGUGUGAUGGCAAAGUCAACAUCUGCUGUAAGAAGCAGUUCUUUGUCAGCUUCAAGGACAUAGGCUGGAGUGACUGGAUCAUUGCACCUACAGGUUAUCACGCCAACUACUGCGAAGGAGAGUGCCCCAGCCACAUAGCAGGCACAUCUGGUUCAUCAUUAUCUUUCCACUCCACUGUCAUCAACCAUUACCGCAUGCGGGGCCACAGCCCCUUUGCCAACCUUAAGUCGUGUUGUGUGCCCACCAAGCUGCGGCCCAUGUCCAUGCUCUACUAUGAUGAUGGCCAGAACAUCAUUAAGAAGGACAUACAGAAUAUGAUUGUGGAGGAGUGUGGCUGUUCAUAGACACGUGUGUGUGAAAGACCCUUCUCUUUCAGUUGAGAAGAAAAUGUAUCAAAAGCCCAAGAAGACUGGACACAGUAUAACCUUUUUUGAGUGAGAAAGUCAU